AUGGGCGGUGGCGCGCCCCUCAGACCGCCCGACAUCGCGCCGCCGCAGCAGCACCGGCCGCCGCCACCAAGUCCUGGACCCCGUCAGCAGAGCCCGCCGCCCGGCGUCGACGCGGACCUGCCCGGCUGGGUCGUCAUACAGCGGACGACUCAGACGGGCCGCUCGUACAAGGUGUACCACGGCCCGCGCGGCGAGUACGCCGAGAGCCGGCGGCAGGCGCUGCUGCUCGCCUCCGGGGAGCCGCUCACGCCGGCGCAGCUCGCGCCCAAGUGCGUGGUCCUCGAGCCGGCCGACGUGCUUUACGAUGGCGACCCGCUCCUGGCCUUGCUGGAGGCGGGGGGCGGCACGGUCUGCUCGCUGCCGCCGCCGCCCGCCCCCAACGGCGCCGCGCACGGCGGCGGCGGCGGCGACAAGGGCGGCGACAAAGGGAGCAGCGGGGGGGGCGACAAGGGCGGCGGCGGGGGCGACAAGGGCGGAGGCGACAAGGGCGGCCUCCGCCAGAAGGCGGCGGCUGGCGCGGUGUACGACCUGCUGCUCUUCGACCCCGCCCGCUCGGCGCCGCACGCGCUCAAGGUCUACCUGCGCAAUGCGGCCGAGGCGUGGCCCGCGACGAGGGACGCGAUCGAGCGGCGGGCGGCGCCGCCGGGCGGGCAGCCGCGCAGCGCCGGCGAGGGGGGGAGCAUGGAGGCGGCGGCGGAGGAGGAGGCGCUGCGGCUGCUGCACGCGCACGAGUACGACGGCAGCCUCGCCCUCGAGGCGGUCGCGGCGGCGGCGCCGCCGCCGUCGCGCGCGCCGUGGACCGCGGCGCAGGUGCUCUCCUUCGACUCGGGCCUGCUCUCCCACGGCAAGAACUUCUCGCUGAUCGCGCAGUCCGUCGGCCGGCCGAUGUCCGACAUCGUGCGCCGCUACUACGAGCGUAAGUGCCGCACCGAGGUCCGGCGAGGCGAGCCGCGCUAG